AUGAAGGCAUAUCAAAAAUUACAACAAAUUAAUUUAAUUGAAGCAACACUGGCCUAGGAAUAUCCUGAUUUUGAUAUUGAACAAAUUAGCCAAAUGGCUAAAAAAGUUGUUGAACAAUUCUCAGGCGUACGCUAAAAAUCCAAAUCUAUCAAGAAAGAUACCUCUGUUUGCUCUAGCUCUACCAAUAAUACUUACUUAAAAAAUGCUAACAGCCUCUAAAAUACUCUUAAUUCAACUCAGGCUUCUUAAAUCAACACAAGCUCAAAUCAGACAUCAAAUAAUUAAAACGCAAAUAUAAACAACAAUAAUAACCUUUCGAUCUCCUCAUCUACCACUGCCUCUAUUUCUUCUAUCCAAAAGAGAGUUAAAUUCACUCCUUAGGAAGAUGAAAUCAUUUUGAAGUAUGUUUAAAAGCAUGGUAAAAAGUGGUCAGAAAUCUCUAAGAGAUUACCUGGUCGUACUGAAGUUAUGGUUAGAAACCGCUACUACGUUAAGAUCCGCAAACUCAGCAAGGAAAAGGACAACUGCACUGGCGAUUACAAUUAAAUUGAUGAAGCUGGACUUUUUAAUGCUGAAAACUCCUCUUUAGAUUUGAACAACGAACAAGCCUCUGAUUUGUUCCUUGGAAAUUCUCAAAGCGCUAUUUCUAAGAAUUAAUCAACUAAUCUUCAAUAAUAGCUCUCCCUCAAAGAUGAAAAAUAAAGAUCUGAUUAAUUUGAAAUAUAAGGUAGUCCAGACACUCACUUUUUAUAGGAUAGCAAUAAUUUUUCUUCUCUCAACUACCACAAUCUUCACGAUGCAGAAAUGAUUUUUGAUAGCCCUGUGAAGUAAAGUAUUUUUGAAGAGCACGGUUUGUUGCAUUUUAAUUAGCACAACGCAAACUUGAAGAUUACUAGCAUGCACAAUUUUGAUGAGCAGAUUCACAAUUAUCAAAACAAGGACUAGCAUUUAUUCGAUUCUGCAGUUAAAGAUUUCCCUUAAAACAAUUAAAAUUCUAAUUUUUAUGAACAUGCUCAUUUGAAUUCAAACAUUAAUUAAAAUAGCGAUUUCUAUGAUAAAUCUGCUCUCCUUUAAAAUCAAUAGUGCACAUAACUACCUUUCUAAAACGGUAUUGGCGCUUUUGCUUUGCACCAAGAAGAAGAUGAUUUCUUCGAAGAAGCUAACAAGCCAUUCAAACUUCCUAAAAUUUAUCUUCCUGAAGACGACCUUAAUGAUAUCUCUUCUUUAUUGCCUCCAGUAGGACAAAUGGAAUUUAAUGGUUUGAAUAAUGCAAAUUCAAUUAAUAUAAAUAAUAAUAUCAUUAAUAGUAACAAUAAUAAUGCUACUCAGAUAGACUCUACUAAACAAGAAAAAAUCUAAUUUUUAUAAAAUCAAAUCAGUAUGAUAGAAAAUAUGCUCAACAUGUGUAAGGACGAAAUCAUAAGAGAAUUCGCCUAGAGAAAAUCUGUCUCCACAAAUGCUGAUGUCUCUAAUAGUUCUGCAACUCCUUUCUAACAGCUCGAGAUUGUAAAGAAUGAAGAUUGCACUGACCAAUAGUAGCAAGAUGAUAUCUUCAAUCGACUUCAAAGCUUUGAAAAUUAGCAUUAAUUUGCUAACACUUCUAUGGAACUAGAAGAUGUAAGCAAUAAAAAUUAGUAUGUUUUUGAACACGACGGACACGAAUUAAACAUAGCUGAAAAUUUCAAUUAUCAUUUGAAUGAAUAAAAUCAAAUGAUCACUAGCUUAAACAAUUUCUGA